AUGACUUUUGCACGAGCCGCACACACAGCAUCGGUACUAACUAAUGGAAAAGUCUUAGUUGCUGGUGGAUUUGAAGCUAAUGGUAACGCGAAUACUGCAGAAUUGUACGAUUUAACAACAGGACUUUGGUCAAAGACUGGUAACAUGAGUACGUGGCGUAUCUAUCACACAGCAUCUCUACUAAACAAUGGGAAAAUCUUAGUUGCUGCUGGAUAUUAUUCUAGUAGCUAUUUGAACACUGCAGAGCUUUACGAUUCAACAACAGGACUGUGGGCAAAGACUGGCAACAUGAGUACAGAGCGAACCUAUCAUGCAGCAUCCCUACUAAACAAUGGAAAAGUCUUAGUUGCUGGUGGAUUUGAUUCUAGUGAAUAUUUCAAUACAGCAGAACUAUACGAUCCAUCAACAGAACUUUGGACAAAGACUAGUAACAUGAGCAUUGGGCGAUACUUUCACACAGCAACUCGACUAAACAAUGGAAAAGUCUUAGUUGCUGGUGGAUAUAGUUAUGAUGGCUAUUCGAAUACUGCAGAACUAUACGAUCCAUUAACAGGAAUUUGGACAAGAACUGGCAACAUGAGUAUCGAACGAAGCUAUCACACAGCAUCCCUGCUAAAUAAUGGACAAGUCCUAGUUGCUGGUGGAUAUGACUAUAAUGGCUAUUCGAGUAAUGCAGAAUUGUACGACCCAUCAACGGAACUUUGGACAAAGACUGGCAGUAUGAAUAUUGGACGAACCUCUCAUACAGCAUCCCUACUAAACAAUGGAGAGGUCUUAGUUACUGGUGGAUAUGUUUCUAAUGGCUAUUGGAACACUGCAGAACUGUAUGAUUCAUUAACAGGAGUUUGGACAUACACUACCAGCUUGAGUACUGGACGUUCGUUUCACACAGCAUCUGUACUAACCAAUGGCAAGGUGUUGGUUGCUGGUGGAUAUGAUAAUAGAAAUGUCUUGAAUAGUGCCGAAUUAUAUGUAUGA